AUGACAUCGAAUGUCUACCUUUGGAUCAUCACGGGUAAAGUAAUCGGGAAUGCUACCAUCGACAAUCCUGAUUUUAAACUCAUUGAAUCAAAGAUUGGCAUAAAAUUGCCUACCGGGAACGGGAUUUAUCAAAAGUCCUCGCCUUUCUUUCAUGAACGAUACUUAAAAGUGGAGACUUGUUUCAACUGGGACGAGAAUUAUGCCGGGCAAGUGGUUCAUGGGGUUCAGUGUCAAACAUUG